GUUAAAACAGGAGAGGACAUCUAGAGGUCGUUCACAUAGCCGCACCAGCUCGACUCGUGGCAGAUCUUCGUCACGAGCUGGCAACAGACGUCGUAGGCCUCAAAAUUCCCAACCUGGAGUGUGCUGGUAUCACCGGCGUUAUGAUGAUAAGGCCCAAAAGUGCACUCGCCCGUGCACCUUUGAUGGCCAGCAAUCGGGAAACCAGUAAGCCAGCACGUAUUGGCGACUAACGUCGCUGGCGAACCACUCCCAUGUCGCCUCUUCUAUGUUACCGACCGUACCACUGGGACACGCUUCCUGGUUGACACUGGGGCGGAAGUUAGCGUGGUUCCACCAACAUCUGAAGAGCGCAAGCGGCCACUUUCCUUACAGCUUCGCGCCGCAAACGGUUCGCCAAUCACAACGUACGGCAAAAGGUUCCUGGAUCUUAACAUAGGCCUACGUAGGUCAUUUCGCUGGGUUUUCCUUGUAGCAGAUGUAACUACCGGUAUUAUUGGCAUGGAUCUCAUGCAACACUAUCAGCUACUGGUUGAUACUGGCAAACACAAACUGAUCGAUUCAGCUACAAACCUUUCGAUCUCCGGUGUUGUGACACACACACCUGCAUUAAGCCCAGUAUAUUCAACCCCUGCCUCCAACGGCCCUUACGCUGAAGUUCUUCAGUCCUUUGCCAAUCUGUUCAAACCGGUUUCUAAACUUCCUUGUGUGACGUCUACUGUCACUCAUCAUAUCGUGACCACUGGUCCACCGGUCUUCGCUAAGCCACGGCGAUUGUCCCCAGAAAAACUACAAGCCGUGAAGGCUGAAUUCGAACAUAUGUUAGAUAUGGGGAUAAUCCGUCCUUCCAGCAGCCCGUGGUCUUCCCCUUUACAUGUGGUGCCAAAGAAUAACGGGAUAGAUUGGAGGCCUUGUGGUGAUUACCGCAGGCUUAACGCACAGACCAUGCCAGAUCGCUACCCCGUACCACAUAUACAUGACCUUACGUCGUCUCUAAAGGGUGCCACGGUAUUCAGUAAACUGGACUUAACCAGAGCCUAUCAUCAGAUUCCAGUUCACCCAGAUGAUAUUCCUAAAACGGCAGUGAUCACCCCUUUUGGUCUUUUCGAAUUUCUUCGAAUGCCGUUUGGGCUCCGCAACGCCGCACAAACAUUCCAGCGAUUUAUUCACGAUGUUUUGCGCGGAUUAGAUUGCGCAUAUGCUUACCUCGACGAUAUUCUCGUGGCUAGCCCAGACGAAGCUAGCCACCGUACGCAUCUACAGAUGGUUUUCGAGCGGUUAACAGCCCAUGGUUUGACACUUAACAUGUCCAAAUGUCAGAUUGGCGUCCAUUCAUUGACCUUCCUGGGACAUGUCAUUAAUGAACAGGGAAUUCGCCCGCUACCUGAGAAGGUGCAGGCAAUACGCGACUUCCCGGAACCUACGUCAAUAAAAUCUUUGCGCACAUUUCUCGGCAUGGUGAGUUAUUACCGACGGUUUGUUCCCCAAUGUGCACAUAUUUUACUGCCACUCACAGACCUACUAAAGGGUAGGAACAAAACGUUCAGCAUGACACCAGAGGCUCGAGAAGCCUUCCAGAAUAUUAAGUCGGCAAUUGCAGACGCCACCAUGCUAGUCCACCUUGACGUCCAUCUUCCGCUUAGCAUCUCAGUUGAUGCAUCUAACACAGCCAUUGGAGCUGUUCUACAGCAACUGGUACAUACUUCAUGGAUACCAGUUGCCUUUUUCUCCCGGAAGUUGUCC